AACAAAAUGGAAGUCACAGACGCCAAUUUGCAAUUGCUUGCCGGCUAUUUGCAACAGACGCUUAGCGCAGAUCCAAAUGUCCGUAGACCUGCCGAAAAGUUGUUGGAAUCAACAGAGUUGCAGCAGAAUUAUCCGGUUCUUCUGCUCAACCUAAUCGAUAAGGCCACCAUGGACAUGACCAUACGUGUGGCGGGCGCCAUUGCAUUCAAGAAUUACAUCAAACGCAACUGGGCCGCGCACGAGGACAGCGACGAGCCAGAUCGCAUACACGCGACCGAUCGCAAUACAAUCAAAACUCUGAUUGUCACAUUGAUGUUGCAUUCGCCGACGGCGCUGCAGAAGCAGCUGAGCGAUGCGGUGAGCAUCAUUGGAAAACAUGAUUUUCCCAAGAAAUGGCCGCAGCUGAUCGACGAAAUGGUGGAGAAAUUCGCCUCCGGUGAUUUCAAUGUAAUCAACGGCAUUUUGCAAACCGCACAUUCGCUUUUCAAGCGCUAUCGCUACGAAUUUAAAUCUCAAGCAUUAUGGGAGGAGAUCAAAUUUGUGCUGGACCGGAUGGCCAAGCCAUUGACGGAACUGCUGCAGGCAACCAUGCAGCUGACCACUCUGCACGAAAGCAACGCCGAGGCCUUGAAGGUCAUUUACAGCUCUCUGGUGCUGGUCAACAAGGUCUUCUUCUCGCUCAACUCACAGGAUCUGCCCGAGUUCUUUGAGGACAACAUGAGUACCUGGAUGGGCGCCUUCCUACAGCAGCUGGCAGUUGAUGUCGCCAUUCUACGCACCGACGAUGACGAAGAUGCCGGCGUCUUGGAACAUCUGCGUUCCCAGGUCUGUGAGAAUAUCUGUCUGUAUGCGCGGAAAUACGAUGAGGAGUUCAAGCCCUACAUGGAACAGUUUGUGACUGCAGUCUGGGAAUUACUGGUGAAGACCAGCUUGCACACGAAAUAUGAUGCGCUCGUCUCAAAUGCGCUGCAAUUCCUUUCGGUGGUCGCAGAGCGCAAGCAUUAUCACGGCAUCUUUGAGAAUCCGGAGAUAUUGGCGCGCAUCUGUGAGAAAGUUGUCAUACCCAACUUGGACAUACGCCCCUCCGACGAGGAGCUGUUCGAGGACAGCCCGGAUGAGUAUAUACGACGGGAUAUUGAAGGCUCUGAUAUUGAUACGCGACGACGCGCCGCCUGUGAUCUGGUGAAGACGCUCUCCAUCAAUUUCGAACAGAAGAUCUUUGGCAUAUUUGGCCAAUACCUGCAAAUCUUGCUGGACAAGUACAAAGAGAAUCCGGUUGCCAAUUGGCGUUCAAAAGAUACGGCCAUCUAUUUGGUCACCUCCUGGGCAUCACGCGGUGGCACCCAAAAGCAUGGCAUUACCCAAACUUCCGAGCUGGUGCCCUUGCCACAGUUCUGCGCCGAGCACAUUGUCCCCGAGCUGGAGCGACCCAAUGUGAAUGAACUGCCCGUGCUUAAAGCAGCUUCUAUAAAGUAUGUGAUGGUCUUUCGCAGUCUGCUGGGACCCCAGACUUUGGCAGGCUGUUUGCCACAUCUGAUUCGGCAUCUGCCCGCCGAGAGCAUUGUGGUGCACAGCUAUGCGGCCUGCUCGCUGGAGAAGAUAUUAACUAUGCGUGAUGCAAACAAUACUCUGUUGUUUGGCCCCCAGGUAAUUGGUCCACACUCCAAUCAACUAGUUAGCGGAUUGUUUGCAACGCUUUCGCUGACUGGAUCAGCGGAGAACGAGUACGUGAUGAAAGCCAUCAUGCGCAGUUUCCAUGUGCUGCAGGCGGGCGCUUUGCCAUAUAUGGCCGUUGCUUUGCCACGCCUGACCGAAAUUCUCACAUUUGUCGCCAAGAAUCCGUCUCGCCCGCUGUUCAAUCACUAUCUGUUUGAGACCCUCGCCCUAUCGAUUAAAAUCGUUUGUCAAGCGGAUGCUACGGCUGUUAGUUCCUUUGAGGAAGCACUCUUUCCCGUUUUCCAGGGCAUCUUGCAACAGGACAUCACGGAAUUUAUGCCCUACGUAUUUCAAAUGUUGUCUGUUUUGAUGGAAGUGCGCGAGGGCACUGGACCCAUACCGGAACCCUAUUGGGCGCUCUUCCCUUGCCUGUUGGCACCGCCUCUAUGGGAUCGCCGUGGCAAUGUGACGCCUUUGAUUCGUCUGCUGUCAAUCUUCAUUAAGCAAGGCUCUGCCCAGAUCCAAGCGCUUGGCAAAUUGAAUGGCAUUUUGGGCAUAUUCCAAAAAAUGAUCGCAUCCAGGGCAAACGAUCACGAGGGUUUUUAUCUGCUGCAGAAUUUGUUGUACUAUUACAACGCCGACGAGUUGCAGACGAACAUGCGACAAAUCUUUGGCCUGCUCUUUCAACGACUGUCGCUCUCAAAGACCGCCAAGUAUCUGAAUGGCAUCAUUGUGUUCUUCAGCUUCUAUGUGGUCAAAGUCGGUGGCACUCCGCUGGUGCAGCUCAUCGAGCAGAUACAGCCGGGCAUGUUCGGCAUGCUGUUGGAGCGCGUAUUUAUAACGGACAUGGCUAAGGUCAGCAAGGAACUGGAACGCAAAAUUGUCGCUGUAGGUGUUAGCAAGCUGCUCUCCGAAUGCCCCGAAGUUUACUCUGGACAAUACAAAACUUUCUGGCCCCGUCUAUUGCACUCACUAAUCGACCUGUUCGAGCGCCCGCCCGAAAAGCUGCCCUACCUGGAUGGACUUGAUGGCAACGCUGACACAGACGUUGUGGUCGAUGCAGAGCCUGGCUACCAGGCCGCAUUCUCUCAACUAACAUUUGCGCAGCCCAAACAGGUGGACCACCUGGCCGAUGUGACCGAUUUGCGCCUAUAUUUGGCCAGAGCGUUGUCCAACUUGUCGCAGACUGUGUCGCCAGCCGAGGUGACCAAUUUAAUCACACCACUGGAGAUGGACUAUAAGGAAAUGGUGAUGAAAUAUUGUGACCAGGCGGGCGUACGCAUUGCAUAAGUGCAACUACUGCUCCCAUACAUAUGCAAAAUACACACACACACACUCAAUGCAUGAAUUAUUAAUUGUCAUACAAGAAUUGUUUAUAAGUGUAAUUAUAUAAUCGAUGAACUAUUAAUUGUCAUACAAGAUUUGUUUAUAAGUGUAAUAAUAUAAUCAAUACAUAGUUAUGUUUGAAAGAA